GUAAAUAAUUCCGGAGAGGCCUUCAAGCUGAAGCAGCGGUAGGGGAGUGUGUGCACGAUUUUACAACGCUAAGCUUAGUGUUAUUUAACUCGAAUAAUGCCGUAUGCUAACCAACCGACGGUGAAGAUAACAGAAUUGACAGACGAAAAUGUUAAGUUUGUUAUUGAAAACACAGAUUUGGCGGUUGCAAACUCUAUCCGCCGUGUCUUCAUGUCAGAGGUUGCCACCAUAGCAAUAGACUGGAUCCAGAUUGAUGCCAAUUCAUCAGUACUGCAUGAUGAGUUUGUUGCACACAGAGUUGGCCUCAUUCCUCUCACAAGUGAUGACAUCGUGGACAAAAUGCAGUAUUCAAGGGACUGUACCUGUGAUGAUUUUUGUCCAGAGUGUUCUGUUGAGUUGACCCUGGACGUCCGGUGUACUGAAGACCAGACGCGUCAUGUCACCUCACGUGACCUUUUGUCCAACAACCCCAGAGUCAUCCCAGUGACUUCCAGGAGUCGAGACAAUGAUCCCAAUGACUAUGUUGAACAAGAUGACAUUUUACUGGUGAAGCUUCGCAAAGGUCAGGAAUUGCGGCUCAGGGCAUACGCCAAGAAGGGCUUUGGUAAAGAGCACGCCAAGUGGAACCCAACCGCGGGGGUAUCCUUUGAGUAUGACCCCGACAAUGCACUGAGGCACACAGUGUACCCACGACCUGAGGAGUGGCCAAAGAGUGAAUACUCAGAGAUUGAGGAAGAUGAGGUUCAGGCUCCCUAUGACCCCAACGGAAAGCCAGAAAGGUUCUUUUAUAAUGUGGAGUCAUGCGGCUCUUUGCGACCAGAAACCAUCGUCAUGUCAGCACUGGCUGUUCUUAAGAAGAAGCUGAGCGACCUGCAGACUCAGCUGAGCCACGAGAUCCAGAGCGACGUGCUCACCAUCAACUGAGGGCCACCUGCCUAACAGAGGAGGACCUGCAUUCACACAGCUUUGCAAUUAACAGCAAGCUCAUCAAGGAUCACUGUUCAGGUCACAUGACACAGUUAUUGUUGGAUUCUCUCUGGAUGCUGACCUUGGAUCUGUAUGUGUCUGUUAUCAAAGGCCAAUCAGUGAGCUGUGGGAAAUUUGAACCAGUAAGAGUACUCUUGAGCUAAGAAUGGUAAAAACUAAACGUUUCAUCAUUAAAAAUCACCGCUCAUUAGUCUUAUGAGAUCCACAUGGACAAAAUUACAAAUGAUGUGGAACUGAUUUUCAUUUGUCUGGACAUGUAUUCUUGAAAUAAUUUCAACUUCAGCAGUGAUCUGAUAACAUAACAUAAGCCACAAUAUCUCACAAUGAUACACAUUUAGUUUUGUUUGGUGGCAGUGUAACACUUAAACUAUUCAAUCAUUAUUUUGUUAAUGUGACUUUUUUAAAAUAAAUCUGUUUCAGGGAA